AUGAAAGUGAUCGAGAUGCCCGGAAGCCGCACGCCGCUGCCGAGAAUAUUUAAGUCACCAAGUUUACCGCAAAUCCAUCAGUAUUGUUUCGACAUCCGAAAGAUCGAGAUGGCACGAAGUGUCGGGGUCCGCCUACUCCUCGCCCUGGGGAUACUCUGCGCCCUGGUUGCCCUUGGGGCAGCUCGUGACGUUAGGGAUCUUAAAACGAGAGAUAAACGUGAUACGGAUCUCGAAGCCGCCGCUUCGGGGCACGGAAAACAUUCCGAAUCCGGAGGAGGUCACAAGCACAAUUCUGACCAUCACGAAGAGCACGGCGAGAAGGGCGACAAGGGUUACAAAAGUCAACACCACCACGACAAAGGGGAUCACGGUAAACACGGUAAGGAACACCAUGCGGGACACCACGAGGAGCACGGCGGUCACAAGAAAAAACACCACGACGAGGCCGCCAAGUACGGAGAGCACCAUGAGGGUGAAAAGGGUCACAAGGGCGGAAAAUUCGGGGAGAAAAAAGGCCACAAAAAAGGUCACAAGACGAAGGGAUACCAUAACAAAUUUCACAAGGACGAAUACCACAAGGAGCAUAAAUUUUACGACGAUUAUCACAAGGGUGGGCACCACAGCAAACACGGUGACUUUCACGGGCAUCACGAGAAGAAAGAAGGAGGUCACAAAAAGGGAGGACAUCAUCACUCGGGAUACCACGACGAUCACCACGGUAAGAAGGGAUCUUCGGAGAAGGGUCAUCACGACGAAGACCACAAAGGACAUGAUGGGAAACAUGGAUAUGAGAAGCAUCAUUCCCACCAUGAUUCUUACGGGAAGAAAGGCGAUCACAAAGACGGAAAGAAGUACGGAUACAGCAAGGGCCAUAAGGGAUGAUGACGACCAACGAUUUGGAAAACUGAAUAUCAUCGUUGCAUUAGUUAUUGUAAAUAGGUUGUUGAAUUAUCGAGAUUGUCUAACGAGAGUGUAAUAUCAUUUUGUAUACCUGAUAACCGAGUGUACACACGAAAUGUGUAGCUGAUGAAAUGUACGUAUAGUCUGUCCGCUGAUACCUGUUCGUUCAAUACAAACUCACCCUAUACCCAUCAAGA